GUUCGUGCACUCAGAAUUUCACCGGCCAGUAUUUUUAAAUUUGGAAAACCUAGGAUGAUCCGUGUUUAGGCAUAUUUCAGGCGCAUCCACAGCGAGGGGAAGAGAAAAAACAAAAAAACGUCCGUCGGGCGGCAGUUAGGCAGCAGCCACGGCGCGCGCCGGCCGCGUCCAUCCUUCAUAUUAUUUUAUUACGUGUUUCAUUUCGCGUAGCCUUUGGACGGCGCUAGUAUUGCGGCGCGAACGUGAAAAUUGUGACUUUGGACCCUAAAUCAUGGAACCGUUUCACUCGACAAGCAAAAAUUAUUAUCCCUCGGCAAAAUUAUUCAAAAUAACCGCAACUAUACGCAGUUCAAACUAGGUUUUCGUUUCUAUCUUUUUGUUUGACACAAACUACAGUUAAAGUUUUAGUUGGUAUUUUUUGUUUUUUUUUAACAAACCGGGAAGAUGACACUGUAAGCGACAAGGACUUAAGAACAAGAAUUAAGAAGGAGAACAGAAGAGAAGUAGAAGAUGGCGCUUGCAUCCUCUGUAAGCUUGUACUACUCGAUAGUGCAGCGGGCGGCGAGGCACUAUCUAGAAGAUUACUGUCAUACAGACACAACAGCUCCAUACGUCCUAUACAAAGAUGGCGUGGAGCGGGCUCCGCCGGGCACGCAGUGGGGAGGGGGGGUUCUCGACGGCGGCUACCAGCCCAUGCAGCACCAGAGCCCGGGCGGGCCCUCGCCGCAGCCCGAGCCGCAGCUGGCCUCGCCCGCCCCCUCGCCCUACCCUCCUGCACCCCCGCCCCCCGACCAAUCCGCAGAAGAAGCCGCCCAGCAACUCGCACAGCAACAAGCUCAACAGCAAGUCCAACAACAGCAAACGUCACCUGAACACAUGCAGGUCGAACAGCAGCUCCAAAACCAACCGCAAACGCAACCCACGCAGGACCACCUCGACCGCGGACCCUGCUUCAUACCGCAGCCAGACUUGAACCAACAGUACACGCCGUAUUUCAAAGAAACCAGACCCGCCAGCCAUAUGCUAGGCGGCGGAGGCUUUCCGCUACAUUAUCUAAAACAAAACGGAGGCGUUCUCUCGCUAGAAGGCCCGCUCGACCAAUACGGAGCUCCCGAACUACGCCACUUACCUGACAUAGUGCAACCGGAGCCGCCGAAGCCGCGCAAACACAACCCUAAUUCGGAACUGAGGCUGUUCAAAUGUUUGACUUGCGGGAAAGACUUCAAGCAGAAGUCGACGCUGCUGCAGCACGAGCGUAUCCACACGGACUCGCGGCCGUACGGCUGCCCCGAGUGCGGCAAGCGCUUCCGCCAGCAGUCGCACCUCACGCAGCACCUCCGCAUCCACGCGAACGAGAAGCCCUACGCUUGCGUCUACUGCCCGCGCUCCUUCCGGCAGCGCGCCAUCCUCAACCAGCACCUCCGCAUCCAUUCCGAUGUCUCGCCGCAUCUGAUCUUCAAGAACGGGACCACGCCGACGUUGUGGCCGCAGGACGUGCCGUUCCCCCCGGACGAGGGAAAGGAGGAGGUGAUGUCCACGUUCGGCGACGCGGAGGGCCAGAACGGGGAGCAACGCGGGUCGUGCUUCUCCCCGGGCGACACGGCGCAGUACCCGGCGUACUUCAAAGACACGAAAGGGCUCAACCACACGGUAUUCGGCUCGGGGCUGUCGUUACAAUAUCUGAAGGGCGGCAAGUUACCAGACGUGCUAGGCGGCCGCGCGAUGCCCCUGUUCGUCCGCUGCCCGAUCUGCCAAAAAGAGUUCAAGCAAAAGUCGACGCUGCUGCAGCACGGCUGCAUACACAUAGAGUCCCGGCCGUACCCCUGCCCCGAGUGCGGAAAACGAUUCCGGCAGCAGUCGCAUCUCACGCAGCAUCUCCGCAUACACACGAAUGAGAAACCGUACGGGUGCGUGUACUGCCCGCGCUUCUUCCGGCAGCGGACCAUUCUCAACCAGCAUCUCCGUAUCCACACCGGCGAAAAGCCGUACAAAUGCACGCAAUGCGGCAAAGAUUUCCGGCAGAAGGCCAUCCUGGACCAGCACACGCGGACGCACCAGGGCGACCGCCCGUUCUGCUGCCCGAUGCCGAACUGUCGGCGGAGAUUCGCGACCGAGCCGGAGGUGAAGAAACACGUGGACAACCACAUGAACCCGCACGCGGCGAAGGCGCGGCGCGCGGAGGCGAACAAGACGCCGCGGCCGCUGCCGCCGGCGGCGGCGGUGGUGAAGCCGGAGCUGUACUUCCCGCAGUGCUACGCGCCGCCGUUCCAGCAGUUCCCGCCGGCGCAGGAGUUCAAGCCGGCCGUGGGCCCGGGCGCGCCGCUGGCGUGCCUGCCAGCGCAGUGACCCGCGCCGCCGCCGCGGUGGCCGCCGGCGCCGGCGCCCCCGCAGCCGCACGUGUCGCACGACCUCUACGCCGUCGACCGCCUCUACUAGAGACUGGAGGCUCAGUAUACGAGCGCCGCCCGCGCCUAUUAUAUACGAGAUCGCUGUAAACGAGCUUCGAUCUGUAAAUAACUAAAUACCCGGUACUCUCCGAGUCGCAGUGUACAGUAAAGUUCGUCACGAAUAGUGUUACCGUUGAGAAGCGAGUACAGAUAGCGUUUUUGCUCCGUAAUAUUAAGUUACCACGUAAGAGUUAGGUUUCUCGGUGAUUCUUCGAGCUCGAAUUGUUCACGAUAUACGGAUCCAACCAGAGAUUAGACGUUUAAAAGUCUUCGUUUAAAUCUAAAGUAAGAUUAGAAUCUUUUACCACGAGCAUAUUUCGCGAUGAAUGUCGUAGGUUCGGCGUUGUGUGCCUAUUUGUAAUGACUUUACAUAAUUUGUAGACUUAUUAAGUUAAUUUUAUUUACGAGUUUUAAGAGAUAUGAUCUGGCAAAUAUAGGGAAAGAAAUGCUCAAAAUAUCAUAAAAUUUAGAUAAAGUAUAAGUUUGGGGAUAUCUUUAGGUGAAUCAGAAGCUUUUUGAAGUGUAACAUCAACAGAUAAGUAAGAAACCAAAAACGUAGGUUACCUUUUGCCAUCAUGACAUUUUGUUUUUAGUAAAUACUAAAUUUUCUGUUAAAUUACUUAUAUAUGAAUGCAUUUAAUGAACUAGAGCUACUGCGAUAUCUUCGUAACACAUAGUGCCAAAUAACGUAGUACUUUUAAACUUUUCUACAAGCUUCUAUUAUAGUUGGCCUAGAUUAGGUUGUUACCAGUUUUUUCAACGAUGUGACAAUUUGAGAUGCAUUUAGUGGAAAGGGUCAGACUGAGAAAGGACUGUGAUAGCUAGGUAGGUUAGUGUCUAUUCGCUCACUUAGCGUAACUUGGGAUCGGAUGUUUGGACCGACUCUAGAGAAAGAGUUGUCAGAUUUUAGGUACUUCAUUUGUACGUAUACUUGUUUACAAUUUGGAAUUCGGAAUUUUAAUGUGACGUAAACGUGUCCGUCGUGAGCUAUUCAAAAUUGUGCUUAUGUCUUUUUUCCGCGGUUUUUGCCGCGCUUUCGACUGAUUUGAUUGUAAUUUCGAAGAGUGAGAUUAGCGAAUUUUACCAAUUAGGGUUCGUGUGUGAUGUCGCCAAGUGCUUUGCGUAGUUUGAUCCGAGGGACGGAGAAUGCCAGAAUAAUCUUAUUACUAAUUUUAGCUUAGACUAUCUCGAAUUACCAAGCAAUUCGAUCAUUCAUCGCGAAAUAAUUAUUUAGAAUAGGAAAAAUAAAGAUAUAUAUGAAUUUAUGGCGUUGUGGAAAUAUUCUGGUGUUGAAUGAUGCGUCCUCGAUUAUUUCGCGUCCAAUAUAGUUACAGGUAGCCCUAGUACGUUCAAGAUUAGUUCGGACAAGCCAGUACCUAGUAGUGACAGGAGAUAUAUGAGAUAUAUCGUUGUCGAGGCGUGGGCCCAGUCGCGCAGACUCUAAACCGCCAGCACCAGGAUGUUUCCACCCCCCACAUUUUAUCCUCUGUGUUUGUCGAUAGCUUACGUUACGAUAUAUGUGAUGGUUUCGUUUUCCUACUGCAUAAUAUGAACUGUUACGUACCUUUAACUAAUAUAGUUAAUUGUAAUAGUUGUGGGAGUCACAUUACAUUUGGAUGCAUUAUUAUAUUUUACCACUUCACAAAUUGAAUGCAUUAGGUACGUUUAGUGUGUUACGUCAAUUUUAUGAUGAAUUAUCACCCAUUGGACAGUUACAAAAAUUUUUAACGCUACAAUGGCGCCCGAACUUCAUUAUACAGUACGUCGCGCCAUUGCCGCGCCCGUCUCGCGUUUAGUUUACUCGUUCAGUUUCCUAUCAAACUUUCGGAGGUUUACUAAAAAAACAUCAUUAUCGAAGAAAAUUAUAAAGCCCGUGACAGUGAUUUGCCACAGAUUAAGUGAUCCUCCAGCCCGCGGCUGCGCGCGCGCCUCCUUCGUCUAGGGUUCCGUUUCGAUAUAUUUUGUAGGUCACACUGUUUUACAGCCUUAAACAAUAAUAGCUGAUAAGUAUUUUUAUACAGAAGUUACACACAUGCGCGCGCGCGGCCGCCGGCUCCCGUACAAAGUUUGAAUACAAACAAUACUACACAGUGCCAUAGCCGUGGAAUAACCUCAGAUUUAUACUUAUUAGAUUUUUAUACCGAUACAAAUGGAUUUAAUUUUUAAAUAUAAACAAAGGUGAUUAAGUAUACAGAGAUUACAGAUGAUAUUUUAUACAUUUAUUACAAACAAUAUUAUUAAAAGUAAAUGUGAAAUAGUUUUAAAGUAAGUGUCGUAUUGCUAUGUACUGCGAUGACAGGUUUCGUUCGUAUCGCGGAACAUUGCGCCCGCGCUGGUAACGCUCACGCGUGUCAAUGUAAAUACAUAUCAUUGGACGAUUCUCAGGCGGUGUUCCAAAUUUUAAAUUCAAACUGAUUUCGUUAAAACCAAAUCUAUCUUCGUAGCUCGCUUGGGUUGGCACAGUUUUGUAGUUCUGAGUAGGUAUGUGGCCAUGUUCUGUUGGUCUGGCUCAUGUUUUGUUAAGUUUGCUCAAUUAUCGAGUAUGUAUUACUUUUACCUAACGUUAAUCGUAUUAGUUCUAUACAUAAUUAUUGUGUACGCGAAUAUUUGUAAAAUAUUUUUUAGAGAGCACGGUUUAGCUUUUCUUAACUAUUGUUAAGUGCUUACAGGUUUUUGUGUCGAUCGACAUUCUAACGUAGUUUACCAUUUCCGACAUCUUAUUCCGAAGUAUUUAUAUGCCGUAUAUUGUAAGCGUGCCGUCCAACGUACUCUUCUCACAUGCUUUUGCUCCACUCUUUAGUUUUAUAAUUUAUAAUCAAUUACCAUCACUGUAACAAUCGCAUGUCUUCACUAGUACCCAUUAGCGAUAGUUCGGUUCUUGCCUUUUCUAUUAUAUUUUAAUGGAAUCAAAUUCCAUU